CCACCAUGUCUACGGCCAUGAACUUCGGUUCUAAGAGUUUCCAGCCGCGGCCGCCGGACAAGGGCAGCUUCCCGCUGGAUCACUUCGGUGAAUGUAAGAAGUUCAAGGAGAGGUUCAUGAAAUGUCUCCGGGAUAACGACUUUGAAAGCUCCCAGUGCCGGAAGCAGUCGAAAGAGUAUUUAGAAUGCAGGAUGGAGAGGCGACUCAUGGCGCCAGAGUCGCUGGCCAAGUUGGGGUUUGGAGACCUGGAGGCUGGGAAACCCGGGACUGGUGAUUAACUCCAGACAGGAAAGGACUCAAGGACUUGGCCUGUGGGGUACAGCUGCAGGGCCUUGUCGGCUCACACCACCUGCUGAUCUGAGUCCCAGCCACCUCCUCGGAUAUGGACACGGGCCUGCUCUUCCUUUUGGUUUUUGUUCCUGUGCUGUACCUGGUGGGGUUCGGGGC